UAACAUAAAGUUUUGUUAAAUAGAAAAAAACAGCAAAACACGACAGCCGCCAUUUUGCCUAAACCAGACCGCGGCCACAACGGACUGUACCACACUUAACCCAAAACCCUUUUUUCUCUUACAAGAAUCUGGUAAUUCACGCUAUUUCUACCUAUUAUGUUUGAUAGUUUUACGUGAUUAUGCCAUAUACUGGAUGUGGGUGCUGUGGUUUUUAGUAAAUAUAAGCAAAGUAAAGGUGGUGAGAAAUUGUGUAAGUACUAGGCCUCUGUUUUCCGAGCACCGACAAAAAUGGUUUAUGCCUCCUAACCUUUACAUUUCUUCUUUAAUAUUCUUUGUUAUGUUGGUUAUAUACAAUAGUGGCGACCAAGAAAUAAUUUAAGAAAGUAUUUGUUGACUUGGUUAUCCCUUAUAUAACCUUCGAGUAUAGUGGUGACUUUUAAACGGCGCCUCAAGGUUCGUUUAUGUGUUUUUUUGUUUUGGUUUUUUAUUGCAACAUACAAGUCGCCAUUAAAGUCUGCGUCUGGAACUAACCGAACAAGUAGGUAAGAAUCGCCCUUUGUCACUUGCCGUGGCUUCCCGUCUCUGAAACCGCUCUGUGUUACGUAAAUGUGAAUUUGACGGGUCAUCACUGAAGCUACCCCAAACUACUAAUCAGUAUUGAAUGUGAAUUGUUUUGCAUGUUAACAUAGUAUGCAUUUGUAUACUUUAUUUCAAUGUUGAAGCUAAACUCUUUUUUCAGUGUACUUGUAUAGCUAUAUUUGGGGUUACUCUCAUUAAAGGUGUAAUUAUGUCUUGAUGAUAUAUUAAUUGAAGUGUGGGGGCGUAACAGAAAUUGAUGUUUUCAUGAUGUUGUGCCUUAUAUGUAUUAUGAUGAAUUUGUCCAAUAACGACCCCUUUCAGUCCCACGGGGAGUGUUUUUUUAUUGAUUUUUGUAGGUUUAAAUCCAUCCUCUGGCCCUUUGCUGGGAUCCCUGGAUACGGCUAGCAUACCUGUCUUUCAGAAUACAUGGGCAGAAGACAUGAUUUUCCAGUCAGCUUUGGGUGUGAACAGCUGUAAAUACCCGGCCAUUUUCCCUCAAUCAUCAAAGUAUCCAAAUUUCAACCUGACCGAAGAAGAGCUGUUUUUUUCCCCACCCAUGAGUCUACACUUGUGCCCUUUUUGCAACCUGAGUUUUAACAUUUUUUUCCACUCCCAAACUACAACUGCCACCUUUGCUUAAAGUUAUGCCAAUCAAAAAAAAAUGUAAAUAAAGAAAAAGGACUUGAAUCCACCGUCAGUAAUGUUAAGCAGUCUGGCAGAGAUAAGUGCUCUGGGCGACCCACACUCCCAUUUCCCUCUUAUCUCAUGGAUCAAGUCUUCCUCCAGGACUUCAUACUGAAACAAGGACACCCCAUCAACCUGCAAAAGGCGAAGAAAGUGUAUACCUGUAGCGACCUCAGGGUGUUCUGUUGGCCAGGAAGACAACCAGGGGCUGGGUCCUACUGUCGUAAUCUAAUUGACACCAAUAAGGACUCGUACCAGCCUCGCUAUGACUAACCAUGGAGAUGACUGCUACUUCUUCUACUAUUCUACCUGCACUAAAGGAGACAGCUGCCCUUUCAGGCACUGUGAAGCAGCGAUGGGCAAUGAAACUGUCUGCAAUCUCUGGCAGGAGGGACGUUGCUUCCGAAACGUCUGCAAAUUUCGUCAUAUGGAGAUCACAAAAAACCGCAAGGAAAUACCAUGUUAUUGGGAGAAGCAUCCCGCCGGCUGUCAGAAACCACACUGUGCCUUUUUCCAUGAAAAGCCACGCCAUGUUUUUGGCGUAGUUAUCCCACCUGACCUAAGUCACAGUGAGAAUGAGGAGCAACCGCACGAAGAGCCGCCCCCACUGCCGGCCACACCUCUCCCCACUGCUCCUAACCUCCAGCUGAGAGGAGUCAUGAAAACAGAAAGCCAAGAACCAGUACCAAGCCCUACUCAUCCGCCGGUGGUGAUCAAUCCCGCAGAUGAUGACGAGGACGAGGAUGACCAGUUCUCAGAGGAGGGAGAUGGUGUCCCAUCCCCGAGGAAGCGACCCAAGUCUGCAGAUGAUUCGCACAAAUUUGGAGUGAGCACCUUGGAGGAGAUCCGGCUGAGAAGGGCCCUCAAAGCGAGCAUGAAUCGAGCCGCUGUUCCCGUUAAGAGUGCCAAUAUUUCAGUCAAUUCUGCAGAUGAUCCUCACAACUUUGGAGUGAGCACCUUGGAGGAGAUCCGGCUGAGAAGGGAACUAAAAGCGAGCAUGAAUCGAGUUGCUGUUCCCGCUGAGAGUGCUGAUAUUUCUGUCAAUGGCGAGAAAGAAAACACCCAGGCUUUCCGGACCACUUUCAACACGUCAGAUGACGCCAAGCUUGUGUUUGAAGAAACCCUGAGACCAAGAGGCAAUGUGGCUAACAGGCUUGGGAGACUGAGGCCCUGUGUGAAAAGUGGAGGUCCUCUGAAAUCCAGCCUAGCGAUGCGUCUGGGUCGAUUUGUGAAUGAGGAGGGGGCACACGUACCCUCACUGAAAGCUAUGCGGUCGAUUAAGGAAAGACUCACCUUACCUGCUGGUCCUGCUGCGGUCAAUCAAGCAGAUCAGAGCAGCACAGACUCAGAGAGCAAAACUCAGCAGAUUUGUAUCAAAACUCUGGAAGAGAUAAGACUGGAAAAGGCCGCAAAGUCUCAGAGCAAGAAGGAUUGUCCUCCUGUAAACGCAGAAAAGACCGUAACCAAGACGGUCCCCAACCAAUCCUCCAAGGCUGCAAAAAGAACGAUUUUUAUCAAAGAACACUCCAUCGAUGACGGCAAAAACCUUUCUGACGUCCUCCACUCUAAGAAAAGAAAAGGGGACCAGCAGAACCCCAAUAUAAAGAAGUUCAAGCAAGCAGCUGAGAAGGCCCCGGGUAAAUAUCAGGAAGAGUCGGAAGCAGCGGAGCCCGUCUCCAGUGCCACAAAAACAGGACAGAUUAGGGUGAAGACCCUGGAGGAGAUUCGCAGGGAGAAGGCAGCCCGACUUCAAGAAGAUCAAGUUAAGGGUUCCGAUACGGAGGAGAAGAAGCCGGGUUUGCUGCAGAACAACAAAACGGCUACUCAGAGUGAAUUGAAGGCAGACAAGAGUGUUGAUGUGAAUAAACCAAGCAAAGUCCAAGUUGCCUCAGAGACCGUCUCCAAGAAUAACGUCAAGGUUAAAACAUUUGAGGAGAUUAUGCGGGAAAAACAUCUCCGCAAGCAGGAAAUGGCAGAACAGGCUUCCGCCACCCAGCAGGUCAACAACGCUCCUCCCCCUGAAACGGAGCCUUCACCUUCACCCAAACCAUCAGCGGGUACCUUAAAGAGGAAGAUCCUCACCAAAGUCUGUCAUUCACCGCCACGGACGUCCCCUCUUGAUGCCAGCGACGUCCCACCCACCCAGAAUGUCCACCAUGUUCGCAAGCUGAAAACUAUCAAAUCCAAGUCUUUUCUUAACACAGCUGUUCCGAUAAGUACCCCAACCCCUCAGGAAGACACUUCCUCACCAAGUCAUAGCACUUCCAGCAAUGUCCAAGAGAAAAACACAACUUCACCUUCCUCUGCAAAGCAGUUGACACCUGAUAAAACACCCACCACAGACAACAAGGUGAGGCCUAAACUGAACGUGAAGCCGUCUGUCAUGAAACCCGCCCUGCAAGUGCACGCAGGCAAGAAGCGGAAGGGAGCAGAGCGGUCCGCUGUAGCUGCAGUUAAGCCUCUCAACACUGCCUCCAUAGCGCCGGAUCAAGCGCCGCAGCAGACGGCAACUUUACAGGUGUUGUCAAACUCCAGCGAAGAAGCGAAGCUGAGAUCUCCAGUCUCCUGUUGUCCCAGCACGUUGCAGUCCAGCUCCAGUGAGGCUCUCCAGAGCAUUCCUGUUGCUAAACACAGUCCAAGACAAGAACCGAAGCCGUCUACCACGGAGAGUCCAGCUCUUCAAAGCUCCGUGCUGAAGACCACACCUCAAAGUAAAUCACGUCGCCAGAGUGUGGUGGGUUCACGCUACUCCACCUCAGCCGCAGACGACUUUGAGGAGCUGAUCAACGAAUUCACCGACGAUCACCUGGAAGGAGACAUGGACCCCGGCAUCGGAGAGGAAGAUCUGCUGCAGGAACUGUCAGACAUGAUUGACAGCUGAGGGCCUCUUUUGGUUUUAAGUCAAUACCCUAUACCUCAGGGGUGUCCAAAGUGCGGCCUGCAGCUUGUUUUUUUUUUUUUUUUUAUAUUGGCUCUCAGAAUAUUGUGAAAAUAAAAUCCAGUGGUUAUUAAGAUAUAUGUUAUUAGAUAUGACACUGAUUGGCAUUGUUGCCUGUGACAAAGCUAAGAUGUGGCUGUUUUGUUCAGAUAGCUAAGCAUAUUUGACAUACAUCAGAUUGCUUUUAGUGUCUUUAAAAACAAUGUUUCCAAAAGAAAGUUUUUAUAUUUCCUGCCAUCUUAAAGUUCUUUGUUUUUUUUUUGUUCCUGGUGAUAAGGAGCCUUUUGUCUUGCUCAUAGGAACAUUUUCUCAGGGCCGUGUCAACAACUGUUAAAUGUUGGACAAACGAGACGAACACGAACAGAAAGAAAAGAAGCUUGUGUACUGUGUAUGCAUUGAGAAAAGUAGCAGGGAAUGCUACACUUAACUUCUACUUUUGCUUUUCUUUUCAAAUGUGAUAUUAACCCUUAACUGUUCUGAUCAUGUUAAAAUCCCAGCAGUUUAAAUUUAGAGCGCAAGAUGUUUUCAUGAGCAGUAGUUUUAUUCAGUGGGUUUCGUUUAAAACCACUCGGAUGCAUUCAUGACAAAUAUUUCAACACUGCAGUCCUCCCUUUUUUUUUUUUUUGCUUAAGUAUGAUGUACUGUAUUGUCUUAUGUUUUGACACUUUUCCACAAGCUCACUGUUCAAAGUGACCAAAGGAAUGUAAAUAAAGAUGAUUUUACAUGUC